AUGGACCGACGGCAUCCUCGGCUAGACCGUCUCGAAGCGACACACUCGCCAGCGCCGCUCAAGUCGACCUGCCUCUUCCUACUCCGACUGCACUGGUCUGCCGUGACGGACGUCGGAGACACGCCUUAUGACCUGAUCUCGACUCUCCUCCCUCAUUCUACCGCUCCGCAACUCCUCGAAAUCGAAGCCAACUCGCCUCAUAUCGCUCAACACACGAACCACAUCUGGCGAGACUUGUGUGUUCACGAGUUUAUCGAGGUGCGGAAGGCGGUCGAGGACGGGAGGAUGAAGAAAGAGGAUGAGCCGGCGAGCUGGCGGGAGCAGUAUGCUGAAGAGGAGGUUAAGCGAGAGGUGAAGAUGCAGGCCAUCCUUUCGAAGAUGCGAGGGCGCUAUGAGGACUACAAGGAAGGCCGUGCAUCAACGCAGCUUGUCAACGGUGCCGCACAGGAACGCCGAAGAAAGGCAGCACAUGGACCAGCUCGACCAAAGACGCUCUUUGACAAGGCGAGGUCCAACGCGAAAGGCAUCAAGGCUAUCUAUGCGCCCAAGAAGCGCUUCAGCGGGAUCGGUCCUCGACCUUCUCCAUCAACCGCAGCACCUUCAGCACUUCAACCAACAGCCAAAGCGUCUGCCCCGGUCGAAUCGAAGCCUAAAGCACAUGUCUCGCCCGUCAAGCGGCCAGCGGAUCGACCAGACGAGCCGCCCGCGAAACGGAAGCGACCCCUCAUCACGACUGUCACUCGAAGAGUCUCCCGCCCUGCUUCCGCCGUCUCCACCGCCUCUUCCAGUCAGACCUCGCCGGCGACAUCUCCUCCCCCGUCUUCCCGAUCCAGCUCUACACGACCCCUGCAAGGCGUUCGAACACCGUCUUUCUCACCUCCGCCUCCCCUUUCGUCCCUUUCGAUCGCGACACACGCUCGACCGGUCGCCGCACUGCCACACCGAGAUCGAGUGGAUCCGUAUGGUACAGCGAUAGAAGGGAAGGGCCCUCAUCCGCCUCAGCAAUCGCCUGCAGCAAACCGUCCUCCCCUUCCACGACCGAGUGCGGGCAUCUUCAUGCCCAAGAAGCGGUGA